UGCGGUGGGGGCGGAUAGAGCGAGAGAGAAGAUCGGAUUCGAUUUGGAUUUCUAGGGUUUGCUCAUCCUCAUCCCCAUCCCCAUCCCCUCCUCGUCGCCGUCCGUCGUCUUCCCCACCUCCGAUCAAAUUUGUGAUUUUCCAUCGAUUUCCAUAAGAUAUGAUCCCCAACUCCUUCGACACCUUCCUCUGAUCUGUCCCCCCAGGAAAUCCCACAUCCAGAUUCCACAUACUAUGGUGCGCCGCCGCCCGUCUUCCUCCUCCGCCUCCUCCUCGUCGCCGAUGCUCCACAAGAACCUCCGCGCGCUCGGCCCCGGCCUCAAUCCGUUUGCCCCCUUCGGCAUGGGCAACUACUCCCGCUAAUCCCCCCUCCCCUCCCCUCUCCUCUGCUCUGAUUUGCUUUUCUCCCCGGAUCCGAUUUGCUUCUUCCCCCCUUCUCGUUCUUGAUUUGAUUGGAUUGCUCUUCUCUCUGCUUGCUUGGUUUGUUUUGGAUCUGCUUGCAAGGUUAGCCAAGGGGCCAUGGUGCAGCUCCGCAGCUCGCUCAGCAUGACCCGGGCGCGCGCCCGCGGCGACUCGGACGACGCCGACGACCGCGGCUGGAACCAGCUCCACGUCGCCGCCCGCAAGGGCAACCUCAAGGAGGUGAGACGUCUCCUGAAUGAAGGGAUGGAUGUCAAUGCACCCGCAUGGGGACCAAAGUCUCCUGGCGCUACUCCGCUGCACCUUGCUGCUCAGGGCGGGCAUGUGAAAAUCAUGGAUGAACUACUGGAGCGCGGUGCAAAUAUUGAUGCCCGAACAAAAGGAGCUUGUGGCUGGACUCCCCUGCACAUUGCUGCCAAGGAAAGAAACAAGAGGGUGGUCAGGUUCCUUGUCGAGAACGGCGCAUUCCUGCCCCCUGACCUGAACGACCACAGGUUCAACCCACCCCUCCACUACUGCUCUGGGCUGGAGUGGGCGUAUGAGAUGAAGCGCAUGCAGGACGAGAGUGACUCGGGCGGCGAAGCUUCCUUCAGCUCGUCCAACUAGUGAAAAGUUAUCUAUCCGCAGGGGAUUCUGCUGAUCUUUGGGUUAUGAGUGCUUGUUUUUAAUUAUGAAAUCCACCCUACCUAGCUUAUGUGCCGAGCCUGCGAGGAGCUACGUCCAAGUGAAAGCAGGCUGAUGCUGGUAUUGUAUGUGUAUACAAGAAUAAACACGGUGCCGUCACGAGGUCCUGGAGUUGCUGCUGAGCUGCCCUGUAGUUUACCUGGUAUAUUCUGGUACAUCGGUGACCAGGCUGCAGUGACCUCAGAUUGGAAUAUCCGUCUCUAUCAAGGAACAUCCUUUGUAAACAUACGUUGUCGAACCUUUGCUUUGUUUGCCGUACAAGUAUUGUACAUCUGAUUGGUUUGUUUGGAACACAUGUUUUUUUUGUCUGAAGCUAUUGUUGUGUUUAUUUGGAAA